GUCAUUCAAUGACAUACGACGUCUUCCUGAGUUUCAGAGGCGAGGACACGCGAUUCAACUUUACUGAUCAUCUGCACAGUAAUUUGACUCGGAAGGGAAUUAGAACCUUCAUAGAUGAUGGUCUUAAGAGAGGGGAAGAAAUAUCACCGGCCCUUCUCAGAGCGAUCGAAGAGUCGAAGAUUUCCAUCAUCGUGUUCUCCGAAAACUAUGCAUCUUCGAAGUGGUGCUUGGAUGAACUCGUCAAGAUCCUUGAGAGUAAAGAAACAAGGGAGCAAAUAGUUUGGCCUGUUUUUUACAAGGUGAAUCCAUCGGAUGUACGGCAUCAAAGGGGCAGUUUCGGUCAGGCACUUGCUGACUAUGAAUACGAGUUCAAAGAUGACAUGGAGAAGGUGCAAAGAUGGAGGAGAAGUCUUACGAAAGCAGCCAAUCUGUCCGGAUGGCAUGAAUCAAAAUUUAUUGACGACAUCGUUGAAGCGAUUUCAUUACAAGUAUUAAACCAUGUGUAUUUGAAUGUAGCAAAGUACCCAGUUGGAAUAGAGUCUCGUGUGCGCGAGAUAGACAAGCUAUUGGGCGUUGGAGGAAACGAUGUUCGCAUGGUAGGGAUAUGGGGCACUGGUGGAAUAGGUAAGACAACAAUUGCUAAAGCUGUUUAUAAUUCCAUCGCCCAUAUGUUUGAAGGUAGCUGUUUUCUAGAUGAUGUUAGAGAAAGAUCAAUGCCGUAUGGAGGCUUAGUCAAACUACAAAGUAUUCUUCUUUAUGAGAUUCUAGGGGUGAAAGAAGUAAAGGUGACCAAUGUUGACAAGGGAAUCAAUGUGAUAAAGAAAAUGUUGAAUGGUAAGAAGCUUCUCUUAAUUCUUGACGAUGUGAAUCAUUUGGACCAAUUAAACAAAUUAGUUGGAGGGUCUGAUUGGUUUGGUUCAGGCAGCAGAAUUGUUCUAACGACAAGAGAUAAGCAUUUGCUAAUUGCUCAUCAAGUCAAUCUAAUAUAUGAGGUUGAGAAGUUAGAUCAUUAUGAGUCCUUAAAGCUCUUCACUAGUUGGAAUUCUUUUUCAAGAAAUGGACACUUAGAAGAUGACUAUGCGAAACUUGCAAACAAUGUAGUAGACUAUGCUGACGGUCUUCCAUUAGCUCUGAUGGUUUUGGGUUCACAUCUCUGUGGUAGAAGUAUAGAUCAAUGGAAAUAUGCAUUAGAUGGUUACAGAAGAGUUCCUAACCGAGAGAUUCAAGAAAUUCUCAAAAUAAGUUAUAAUGCACUAGAAGAUGCGGUGAAGGAAGUUUUCCUUGAUAUUGCAUUUUUCUAUAAAGGUCUAGGCGAGGAUUAUGUGAUACAAAUACUAGAAGGUUGUGACCUCAACCCUAAGUAUGAUCUUGAAGUACUCGUGGAAAAGGCUCUUAUAAAUAUUACGGAAGAAGGCUGCAUUUGGAUGCAUGACUUGAUACAAGAAAUGGGUAAAGAAGUAGUUCGCCAAGAGUCACCAACUGAGCCUGGAAAACGUAGUAGGUUGUGGUUUCACGAGGAUGUUUACCAUGUUUUAACAGAAAACACAGGAACGGAUAAGAUCAAAGGUAUUAUGGUGAAGUUGCCUGCUGGGCUUGAGUCAGAUGAGGUAUGUUUGAAUGCUGAAAGCUUCUCAAAGAUGAAAAAUCUUCGACUUUUUAUAAAUCAUAAUGCCAAAUUCCUAAGAAAAACCCCUGACUUCUCUGGAGUCCCAAACUUGGAGUUUUUGAAUCUAAACUAUUGUACAAGUUUAGUUGAGCUUCAUCCUUCUGCUGGAUUCCUUCAUAAGCUUGUUGAGUUGAGUCUUACGGGAUGCCGUAGUCUUACUCUGUUUCCAAGAAUUGUCAACUUGAAAUCUCUGCUGGAGUUGAAUCUUGACGGUUGCAUAAGUCUUGAGAAUUUUCCUGAAAUUAAGGGGAAGAUGGAAUCUUUGAAAUACCUGGAUCUAUCACAUACUUCCAUCAAAGAAUUGCCUUCAUCGUCAAUUCGACAUUUCACUCGUCUCGAGAAAUUGUAUUUAGCCGGAUGUGAAAACCUUACAAAUCUGCCACGCGGCAUUUAUGAGUUGAAGCACCUAGAGGAAAUUUCUGUCUAUAAAUGCUCAAAAUUGGUUUCAUUUCCUAAAAUGGUGAAGUCUGAAGAUUCAAGGAGUGCAGAAUCACUUGUGACUCUUCACGGAGGCAAUUUAGCUUUUCCCAAGCUAUCUCAAUUCUUUGUGGGGGAAUCCAAUCUUACAGACAUUGCCGAUUUUCUUCUGACUCUUGAUUGCAUGACCACAUUAACUAGACUAGAUCUAUCAGGAAGCAAUUUCGUUAGUCUUCCCGCUUGCAUUAAUAACUUUGUCAACUUGGAUGAACUUUGGUUGGCUAGUUGCAAGAGACUUAGAGAAAUUCCAGAUCUUCCACGAGCAUUGCAACUUUUAGAUGUGAGUGAUUGCUUCUCGUUGGAAAGAGUUUCAAAAUUGUCCAAACUUUUGGAACGUAAAGAGUCUCAAAUGUUCAUGGAAAUGAGAUUGACUAAUUGUUGGAGACUGCGUAACAAUCUGGUUCGAAUUGCAAAGAAGAAAAAUAUGUUCAUUAAUCAAGUCAAUCUCUUCUCUCUCUUUCUCUUGUCUCUCCCAUCUUAUGUCGACGUUGAAUUUCCAGGAAGGGGAAUUCCAAAGUGGUUCAGUUAUCGUAAGGAUUUGAAGGAUCUUCGCGAAUGUCAAUUCUCUAUUAAAAUCGCUCAAAAUUUCAAUUGGGAGAACAAAGGAAUUUCUUUUUGUGCUUUUCUCGAAAAGACCAAAAAUAGGUUACUUCUUGAUGUUAAACCCUGCAUCAGGGAGUUUGCCAUUGAUAUUUACUUCAAUGAAGCAUGCCCUGAUAUUAUUCAUUCAACAGGGAAAGACUCGAGUUUUGUGUGGCUGUCAUAUAUCCCUUUCCAUAAUUUGAUGUCGAGAAUGGCACGCACGAAAGGAAAUGGGAAAAGAACAUGGGUGAUGCCACCUUAUUUGCCUACAAUCCGAGUUCAUUUUGUGCGUAUUAGCAAAGCUGUGAAAAGCUGUGGAAUCCACCUAGUAAUGCCACCAGGAUGA